AUGAGGAGUGGAGGUUGCAGUGUCCAGCAAGCCCUCACGCCUGAGGCUGCGACCAUGGUGAAACAAGCUAUGGCUUUGGCUAGACGGCGUGGGCAUGUUCAGGUCACGCCUCUCCAUGUGGCUAGCACCAUGCUCUCAGCUUCCACAGGUUUAUUCAGAACAGCUUGUCUCCAAUCCCAGACUCAUCCUCUUCAAUGCAGAGCACUUGAGCUCUGUUUCAACGUCUCUUUGAACCGUCUUCCGACCUCUACGGGAAGUCCUUCGUUGGUCCCUUGUAUAUCUAAUGCUCUGGUUGCAGCUUUCAAGCGUGCGCAGGCUCACUUGCGGCGUGGUUCCAUCAAGAACCAGCAACAACCAAUCUUGGCCGGCAAGAUCGAGGCUGAGCAGCUCAUUAUUUCUAUUCUUGAUGAUCCUGGUGUGAGCAGAGUGAUGAGAGAGGCUGGUUUCUCAAGCCCUCAAGUGAAAGCCAAGGUGGAGCAAGCUGUGUCUUUGAAGGUUUUCUCCAAUAAACCUAAAACAAGCAAUUUGCUAACUGCGGCUGUCAAGAACAUCAGUGAGAUUGAAAAUGAGACAAUCCUAGAAUGUUCAACUAUGAUGGAAGGAGAGGGAAAGAGAAGCAGCAAUGUGACCACCGCUCUCCCAGCGUGGCUUCAGCUAUACAAGAAGGAGAAUCAACAUAAUGACACUGAUUCAGAUAACUUUAUCUCCGAUUCAAUACCAUAUGAGAAAACCCUUGACCUUUCUUCUCUUUCUCCUUCUUCCUCUUCUUCCAACUUAAUCUUGUUCGAUCCUGAACAUGACAAUGAGCUCGAAACAACACUCUCGAUGAACUCUGUGGCCACUUUUAGUGGUUCAAUAGAGAUCGAACAUGCCUAUAGGUUUAAAGAGAUGAAUUCUGAAAACCUAGGAACUCUAUGUGAUGCCUUGAUGAGCAAGGCACCAAGGCAGAACGAUGAAAUCCCUGAGAUAGCGAGAGCAAUAUUGAAAUGCAGAUUGGGAUCAACACCUAGGAAGCUCAACGAUGGGAAUAGAAGACAAGAAACUUGGUUAUUUUUCGAAGGCGCGAAUGUUGAGGCCAAAGAGAAGAUAGGUAGAGAGUUGGCUAAGCUUGUGUUCGGGUCGCAGAACAGCUUCAUUUCAAUCAGCUUUAGCAGCUUCUCUUCCUCCAAUUCCAUUGAAGAUCUCAGGAAUAAGAAAAGGAAGAGAGAUGAAGAUAGCUGGAGCUUCACUCAGAGAUUGUUCGAAGCCGUGUCUUGUGAUCCCCACAGAGUGUUUUUCUUGGAAGAGAUAGAGGAAGCUGACUAUUUGUGUCAGAUGAGUUUAAAGAGAACUAUUGAGAGAGAACGAGUUCAAAGUGCAAGUGGUGAAGAAGCUUUUCUUAGAGACGCAAUUGUGAUCUUGAGUUGUGAAAGAUUCAGCUCAAGAUCAAGAGCCUGCUCGCCUCCAGAAUCUUGUAUAUCUCUCGAUCUAAACUUAUCUCUUGAUCACGGUCAUGAUGAUGGACAUUACAGUGAUCAUAUUGGAUUACUCGAUGCUGUAGAUGCACACAUUCUUUUCAGCGAGUCAUCGACAUGA